GAAGAAAACAGAUCUUGCUUUGACAAGAAGAAGGGCUCGUCUGCAGAGAGGAGAGCAGUUUGACUGAAUUAUUCAGCAUAGGCUCUUCCACAACAAAACAUAUUGUUAUUUUUAAAUAACCUAUUUCCUUUUGUGCACUGAUAAUUUUUCGUUUUUAUUCAUCCUUUCUACGGAAUGUUUUUCUUGCUGCACUUUGUUUUGCUAAGCAUUGCUUUAGCGGACAGAACACCCAAUGCUGAAGACUGCAUCAAAUCCAACGGCGUAGAGUACAGAGGGGAGCAACAGAACUCCUACACAGGACUAACCUGUCUGAACUGGACCAACACAACCCGGGACUAUGAUGUUAUGGCGUAUAGAGAUUCACAAAUGGGUAUUGGGGAACAUAACUACUGCCGUAACCCAGACUCAUCUGAGAAGCCCUGGUGCUACGUGACUGGCCCAGAUGCUGAGGCACAGAGACAGUCAUGUGACAUUGACACAUGCAAAGACGAAGCCCCUACAGAGGCAGAAGCAGGCCCCCUCACCACAGCACAGACAGAGAUCUUUGAGCCGGCCAAGUCUGGGCUUGCCCAGGGAGGGGGUACUGCGGUCCAGCCAGUCAUGGGCAUCAUCCAGAGGGUACGCACAGGACCCAAGAAGAAGAAGGACCUGGGCACUCUUGGCUAUGUGGUUGGCAUCCUCAUGAUGUCCAUUAUCAUCCUCCUCGGGGUGGGCAUCACCUUCGGAUACUUCUACAAGAGAGGUCGGGACCUGAAGCAGCAGCAUGACCAGCGUGUGUAUGAGCGGGAGAUGCAGAGGAUCACCCUGCCCCUGUCGGCCUUCUCCAACCCAACCUGUGAGUUGCUGGAUGAAAACACCAUCGUCAUCACGGCCGAGAAGCAGACCCCCACCCAGGAUGGUAUGGUAGGGGAGGGGGGAGACCCCCUGAUGGGCCAUCAGGCUGGUACACCAGGAGCCUGAGCACUGACCACCCCACUAGACUGGGAAUGGACCAUGACAUCCGAACCUCAGAGGAUCAAAACACUCCCCUAGCCUGACCUCCCUCCGCCCCCAAAUCACCCCCCUUUUAAAGGCCUUCAAGGAGAAGGGAUGAGCUCCAAAGACUGAACUGUGUCCUUAUUGCCUUGCUUAUAACACACACACACACACACACACACACACACACACACACACACACACACACACACACACACACACACACACACACACACACACACACACACACACACACACACACACACACACACACACACACACACACACACACACACACACACACACACACACACACACACACACGUGUCACAAACAGGGAAAGAAUACGACAACAUGUGGAGGAGGACUAAUUUCACUCCAUGUGUAGACCAUCUGGUGAAUCUGGUGGUGGUUGUGUACAAAUGUGAAUGUCAGGGAUGCUCAUUGAGAAAUAGUGCAUUUAAUAUCUAAGAAAACAUGAUCAUUGGCUGACCCCCUGCUAUAGCAAUGGGCUGUGUAUCAAUCAACAUUAAUGAGAGAGGGUGAUUUUAUGAGCUUUGGGUGAAUAGAGUAAGAGUCUGCUUGGAAAGGGGGAAUUCAUAUCCUUUUCUUAUUUUCUGCUUUCUUUGUCAUAUUGAAGUGCGGCAGUUGGGUGUUAAGGGCUUACCAGAGAAAACAAUGCUACUCACGUCCCCUGACCCUUUGGCUGUGCUAGGUCAGGUAUGGGAGUGCAUCUAGUAUACAGUAGAUGUAUAGGAUAGCCCUGUUAAACAUCUGUGUUUUUCUGUCUGAAAGAGAGUGUUGGAACAGAUGUGUGGAGUAAUGAAUUAGCUUCAGAGAAAAUUCAUAUUAGGUCUAAAUCAGAUCUGCAAAAGAAAAGGCAACAUCUCCCGCUCGCUGACGCUGUGGCGUUGCCUUAGCAUGAUGCAUCUGAAUGUAUUGCAUGGUUCCCCCGGUGACCUUUCUGUUUAACUCAUCUGAAGUCUGUGUGACAGAAGCCAAUAUACAGUAACUACAAACAUCAGCCUAUUCGUUGGCUUUACAUGAGACGGACUGUAUCGUUCCUCAGGUUAAGGAGUGACAGGAAAAGGGAAACCUCUUUUGAAAAUCGAAGAGACAGUUUGUUCUCAGGACAAAAUGCAGCAGCACUGGCGUGAAACAGAACACCGCUCAGUCUGCUGUCUGGCUAGAACCAGACAGAUCCCGUUGAAUGAUCUGGACAGAACAGAACAGUCUUUUGUUAAGGGUGGACGCCUGUGACAUUAGAUUGAAUUUAGACCAUUGAAUUAUGUGUCCCGAAUGUUUGGGCAAGCAGUGGAGCAAAGUAAAAGUGUGUAAAGAGGAUAUAUAAGUACAAACCCUUUGAGGUAACCUAGCUUAUUAGAUAUGUACAGGAUGGUUUAACUGCUUAAUAAGUAGUCUGUCACAUUUUGAAAUAGGAUGCCGAAAGUAAUGCCACAGAGUUGGUUAGAAAAUGUAACGUAUCAUCGGAGUCAUUGAUUUCAGCACAAUCUCUUUUGUUGUUAUGAAAUGUAAUAUCUUUCUGCUUUACAUGGUUGCUCUAUUGUUCUGCUAAUGUAACCUUGCAUCACUCCAAAAUGGUAUUUUGUGAUGAGACUAUUCAUCUUUCAAAUGGUUGAAAAUCAUUCUGCAUCACUGGUUACUUCUCAAUCCUUGUGGUUCCUUCAUUUUAGUGCAAUGUUUUGUAAAUAUAAUUUUCUUCACUUUUGCAAUGCAUCAAAGUACUGUUGCUCCUCAUUGGAGGUUAGUACUUGUAUUUGUAUUUUUGGCAGAUUUUUACUGCUGCGACUGAAAUAAAACUGAUUUUGAAAAAGA